AUGUGGGAUGUCGGGGAUCCAACCCGGGAGCUCAAUAAGAAGAGGACGCAGAAGGAGAUGGAGCACGCGAUGCUGAUCAGCCACGACGAGUCCACUCGGGAGCUGGAGUAUAGACAGCUGCACACGCUACAGAAGCUGCGCAUGGACCUGAUCCGCCUACAGCACCAGACUGAGCUGGAGAACCAGCUGGAGUACAAUAAGAGGCGAGAAAGGGAACUGCACAGGAAGCACGUCAUGGAGCUGCGGCAACAGCCCAAAAACUUAAAGGCCAUGGAAAUGCAUAAAAAACAGUUUCAGGACACUUGCAAAGUACAGACCAAACAGUAUAAAGCACUCAAGAACCACCAGUUGGAAGUUACUCCGAAGAAUGAGCACAAAACAAUCUUAAAGACACUGAAAGACGAGCAGAUGCGAAAACUUGCCAUUCUGGCAGAGCAGUAUGAACAGAGUAUAAAUGAAAUGAUGGCCUCACAAGCGUUACGGCUAGACGAGGCUCAAGAAGCAGAAUGCCAGGCGCUGAGGCUCCAGCUCCAGCAGGAAAUGGAGCUGCUCAACGCCUACCAGAGCAAAAUCAAGAUGCAAACCGAGGCACAACACGAGCGUGAGCUCCAGAAGCUAGAGCAGAGGGUUCUGCGCAGAGCACACCUUGAGCAGAAGAUUGAAGAGGAGCUGGCUGCCCUUCAGAAGGAACGCAGCGAGAGAAUAAAGUUCCUGUUGGAAAGGCAAGAGCGAGAGAUUGAGACUUUUGACAUGGAAAGCCUCAGAAUGGGAUUUGGGAAUUUGGUUACAUUAGAUUUUCCUAAGGAGGACUAUAGAUGA